GGGAAGCCCAGUGAAGGGGGAAAAAAUGGUUCGAAGGCGUAGCAAGAAACAGAGCAACAGCGACAGCGAUGAAGACGAGACCUUCUACUACCGUUACGCCUCCACUUCAGCUCCACAACAAUCGUCCACCUCCUCUUCGUCGAAGAGAGGCGGUUCCGGAGGCUUAGCCCCGUCGAAAUCAACUCUCUACGUCUCAAACCUCGACUAUUCCCUCACCAACUCCGACCUCCACACUCUCUUCUCUACUUUCGGCAAGAUCGCUCGCGUCACCGUCCUCAAGGACCGCCUAUCCCGCCAAUCCCGUGGUGUCGCCUUCGUCCAGUACGUUUCCCGUACCGACGCCGUCUCCGCCGUCUCCCAAAUGCAAAACAAGAUCCUCAACGGUCGCACCAUCACGGCCUCCAUAGCUGAAGACAAUGGCCGCGCUCCCGAGUUCAUUAAGAAGAGAGUCUACAAGGAUAAAUCGAGGUGUUACGAGUGUGGAGAGCAUGGACAUUUGUCCUAUGAGUGCCCUAAGAAUCAGCUGGGGCCCAGGGAGCGGCCGGUGCCGCCGAAGAGGAGGGGUGGAGUCCAGGUGAGGAGGGAAGGGGAAGAGGAGGGAUCCGACGGGGGAGAGGGAUUUGAGGAUGAUAAUUGGGCGUCUGUUGUGGAUAAUGGGGCGGAGGAGAGGUUGUUGAGAGGAGGGGAAGAUGGGGCUGAGGAUAGGAAGAGAAUGAAGAAGGCCAGUUAUUUUAGCGAUGAGAGCGAUGAGGAGGACUGAUAAAUACUCUUUGCAGUUCAGGUAUAUGAACUCGGAAAGUUGUUUCGAACAGAGUGUUUCUGGAUAACAGAGCAGAGGCACUUGCAGCAAUCUUUUACUUCCAAUGAUGAGGUCAUGAGAGAUCCAGCAUUGUAUUUAUGGUUGUCAAGUACUGAAUUGUUUGUUGAGCUCAUCAGAUCUGUUUCUAAAUUUUUACCUCUGUGUUUUCACAUAAGAGUGCACAUUAAGAGAAAGCAGCUGUAGUAUAUGAUAUCACAGAAAUAAUAGGAUUUUCAACAACAUCUAAACUAAUUUAGACAGUGCCUGCUGGUUUGACUGCCUUAAAUCAUGGUGUUUUUCUUUCUCA